AUGGGGGGACCUGGCUCAGGACUGCGGUUCGGAGCUAGCCUCGUCGCUUCGCAGCUUCGUAAGCCGACCGUUGACGGACCAGUCGAACGGGACAGCGACUCGGCGACAGUGACGAGUCAUUGGCACGACGCAAAAAACAAAACAGAAAUGCGGGAUGCCUGUGACACCAGUGCCACUUUAAGGGAACAGGGUCAUGAGGCCGGAGACGGAAAAAAACACCUGCUCCUUCUUAGGCUCAACCGCGACGACGACGUUGCGACUCAGAGGGAAAGCAGGUUAUGA